AUGGGCGAGGCAUUCCAGUGCUAUCCCAUCGUCGUCGGCAUCGUGUCCCACAUUGAUCUCAACACCCUCGACGCAUUGGCCCGCUCGUGCCGCCUCAUCCACGAUGGCCUGAUCCAAUACCGAACGAGCCUCAUGGCGGCGACGCUGCGCUGCUCCCGAGAGGCCGUGCCGGUCGACCCAGAGCAGACGCUCCGAUACCGCGCGAGGGCCAGCGACUGGAACUACAUGGACGAUGGGCGCAACUGCAACGGCAAGGCGGGCAGCUGCGCUCGCGACCUGGUGACUGAGUGCAGGAGAUGCGCCGACGUGAUUUGCAGGAACUGCGCCAUCAAGCCUCCUCUCUCGACUGCUCUACGCGAGCGUCAUCGUCGGCUGUGCGUCACUUGCGCCAAGGCUCCCAUUGCGGCGCUGGCGUCGCCGGCGCUGGAUCCGUCUCUGGGUCUCGACUCUGAAGCCGUGCAGCGUGCAGUCUGUCAGUGCGACACCGAGGGCGUCUGGCUAUGCCAGCCUUGUGGCCAUAGCAUCCGCAAUGCAGAUCACGACUACAAGGGGAUCUGGCGUUGGCGCACCAAGUACGGAGGCUUUACCGGCAUCGGAGACGGCGACCGCGGCGUCAUCUGUGGGCGCGAGGAAGCCUGUCUCGCCGCCCGCGAACGGGAGCAGGAGACGGACUGCGACGCCGAAGAUGCCCGGGGUAAUACCCUGGUCCCGUGGUCGACCGGGUCCUCGUCCGGCACCCCGAGCCCGGGCUCGGGCCCACACCACUCCGGGACCCCCCCUGGCGGCGGUGCCGGGUUCCCCUUUCCCGCCAACGGCACCAUCGAGUCCAUCAUCGACGAGAUGCGGCACCAGCGGACGCCGUCGCCGCAGCUGGGGCCGGGCUACGAGAGGCACGAAAUCGAGGGCAUUGGCGGCAUCGUCAAGCGCAAGCUCGUCCGCAUGGUGCGCGUGGGGGCUUGCGUGCCCGAGUGGGAGGACGAAAAGGGCAGCGGCAACAAGAUUCUGGCCCGCGAGGUGAAUGGCGCGGCGCGGAGCUGGUGCGGCUGGUGCUGGAGAGUCAUUCCGGGCGAAAAGGACAAGAAGCAGGUUGCGAAGCAAUGA